UCUUUCGAAAAACACGACCUAAAGUGACAUCUGUUUUUUGCAACUGAGCAAAGCACAGAUGUGAUACAAUCAUUUCACAGAGUCACACAUAGACCUUAACACGUAAUCCACAAACCUGAAUGACGGAGAAAAUGAUUAGCAACGUCGCACAACAAAUAACUAACUGUGAAGACACAAGCAACACAGACCGCAUAAACAGCAAAAGUAUAUAACAGUAAAGGCAUAAUUUAAUCAUAAUGCAAUGCAUGCCAGGAACUCACAAACUUUUAACAGAUCAACAGCACUGUUCAAUAUGACAUUGUUUGUUCAGACUUACUCCAUUUGGGGCAUGUUGGUCUAACGCUGAAAAGUAAUUCACAUUCUUUAGAUUUGUGUAAAAGGUGUGUAUGUUUUGAUAUUAGAUGAUUCUCAAGAUCUGUAAAUCAGCAUACCUGCUCAUUGCUCCUCUGGGGUGACGUGUGUGAGCAGGAUUAGGCCUUAGAUAACAGGAUUAGAAUGUUCCACACACUACAGGGAAUCCUUAAAUAGCCUGUGAGAGUGUCAGUGUCUUGGUUGUCUUGCUGUGGUUUGAUAUUUUCAACCAUUUUUCUGUGGUCCACCACACUGGCUGUCAUCCUGAUCUGAAAGAAGAUAAGUUAUCACCUACAAGACAUGGCUGAUGUGUUGAGGAGCCUUAACCUGCUAGAAACACUAAAGGAGUCCAUUGAAAAGAACAACAUUUCGGAUAUAAGAGAUGCAAUGGAGGACAUGCUGAUCAGCAGAAUCAACAUUGCGAUCAUUGGGGACAGAAAUGCAGAAAAAGCCACUUUUAUAAACUCACUUCGAGGACUGAGCCAAGAAGAUGAAACCGCAGCCCGUACCCCAUCAUCCGCUGCCCCAGAAGAUCUAGCCGUAUUCCCGAAUCCAAAGCAUCCUGACUUUCGCCUUUGGGAUCUGCCAUCCAUCUCUAGCAAUGCUUCUUUUGAGGCUGAGGAUUAUGUCGAACGUUUCAAAGUUAUGAGAUACAACUCCAUCAUUAUCACAUUUACAGAGAAACCUAGUGUUAACAGUGUGGUGGUGUGGAGGGAAGUGAGGUCACUGCAGAAAGAGACAGUUUACUUCAUCUUACUAUCAUCUAUGAAGGAUACUGAGAAAACAUUGGAGGUGAAGAAGACAGCAAGCUUAGAAGUGCUCAAGGCAGAAGGUGUUCCUCUGCCCAAGGUGUUUCUGGUACAACCUUCAGCUUUGGAGAAGCUGGACUUUCUGAAGUUUUUAGAAGUCAUGCGAGGUGACCUUCCAGAGAUCAGAUCGCAUGCUCUUCUUCUAGCACUUCCUACAUUCUCCAAUUCCUUGGUCACUCAGAAGAAAGAUGCCUUUAAGGCACUGGUGUGGGCCGCUGCCUCAUUAUCCGGUGGCAUUUCUGCCAUUCCCGUACCUUUGGUGGCCUCCAUGGUGGACGCUACGGUGGCCAUACGGAUUCUGAACAAGGCUCAGAUCUCAUUUUGCCUGGAUGACGAAUCUCUGCAGCGGCUGGCGAGGCAGCGGGGUCUCGACCCAGCCAGGCUGAAGGCCCUGCGGACUUGUGCUCUCUCUGUGGAGGUCAGCAAGAGUGAAGUUAAAAGACGACUCGCGGAAGCCGAGAAAGACACCAGCACUGCAACCACCAGAUUUGUGGAACUAGCCAUGCCGAGACACGCCAGAUCCGUUAGCCGAUCUUUCACCGUUAUGCUGCAGGCACUCAACACUGCUAUUGAUGAUAUGGGUUCUGAUGCUGAAAAGGUGGUUGCUAUGGUAACAGGAGAGGGACAGUAGAUUGAGCAGUAUCAAUACACAUACUUACAUCAUGCCCUGUACAUUCAACUUGGUCUGAUACCUAAAUGGGCUAUAGCUAUAGCAUUUAAAC